AUACCGAAACUAAUCCAGUUUCCAGUAGUCACAUAGCCCAAUUGGAAUAAUCAACUGGCUUCUCAUCCCAUUCUCUCAUUAGAGAAAUCUUCUUAAUAAGUUCCGUUUUGUGAUAACUUUGUGCAGAGUUAUUUAGGAUCCAAAUAUGUUGAACUUGAAUAUUUUGUUGCUUCUACUGUGCAUCGUCAUUUUAAGUGACGCCAAAUGCCGACAAAAUCAUGAGGAAGACGGUAGAAACACUCGCCGACGACCAUUAUACACCGAUCUGAGUUACACUCUCAGCACAGAUACAAUUUUUUUCCCAGGUGCAAGAGAAUUUUCUCUUAACAAAGACUACGAUGGUGUAAAUAAGAGUGGAAUAUGGUACUCUGCAUUCUCAUUUUGCAUGGGGGAACACGGAGGGACGCACGUUGAUGCGCCAUUCCAUUUUUUUAAGCAAGGGUGGACCCUCGAGCAAAUCCCCUCCUCUCAUCUUAUCGACGUUCCUACUGCGGUUAUUGACGUAGAGUCCGUCGUAGCUAGUUCAGAUGCUCCGAAUGAGUUUGCACUCGACGUGAGCCACCUCAUCCAGCAUGAAAAAGAGAAGGGAGAAAUCCCCCCUGGAAGUGUUGUGUUGGUACACACUGGCUGGUCGAAAUAUUGGCCAGACAAGAUCCGAUAUUUGGGUUGGAACAAUGAGACACAGACAACAGAUAAACCUCAUACCAAUUUUCCAGGGAUACAUCCAAAUGCGGCGAAAUGGUUGGCAGACGAGAGGCAAAUUGUUGGAGUCGGAAUUGAUACCCCAUCCGUUGAUCUAGGAAAUUCGAAGACAUUCCCCGUUCACAUCUUUCUCGCUGAAAGGCAAAUUUACAACAUUGAAAACGUGGCUAAUCUCCACAAUUUGAUUCAGUCCAGCAAAAAUUCAUCAUGUGAAUUGCAUCUGUUUGUCCUUCCUAUCAAAAUUGUUGGAGCUACUGGGGCACCAGCCAGGGUCCUAGCCUUUUGCAAAUAAAUUCACAAGUACAAAAAUCCAGAGCUACGAGGAAUGCUUAGUUUUUAAACAAUCCUUAUGUAUCUACAUAUAUAUAAUGCGAAGGAUUUGAGAGAUAUACAUAUAUGUUGUGUGACGUCAAAAGGUUAUUUUCAAUUCAAGUAUGAAAUGUAAUAAACACAAACAUACUCGAAAGUCUACCUGUUUCGUGAGAGUUAUGUAUUAUUUAUAUUUGUAGGCGAAAAAGGAAAAAGAACUGUAAACUAUUUUAAUCCACAAUUUUAAUAAAGCCAGAAAAUCUCGACUUUCAAGAA